AAGCUUGCGGAGAAGUCUGUGGUGCGGUCGUGCGUCGAGGUUUAGUCGGCGGUGAGCGUUCGCGCGUGUUAAACGAGCGGUCUUAAACAGAGCUCGCAAGGGGGCAACGUGUAAUCUCUCUCCUCGUUCCACCGUUCGUAUGGUAAUGGCACCAUUGAAACUUGCGGAUGAUCAGCGUUUUGCAUUGGGCAAAUUCAGACGCAGCGUACAGGACGUUUUGCAACCUCAUCACGAUGAUCAGUUUCUCGUUCGUUGGCUCCGUGCCAGAAAAUGGGAUCCAAAUGCUGCCGAAAAAAUGCUCCGCGAGUCUUUAGAAUGGAGAAAGGAAUGGGGUGUCGACAAGCUCGAGGAGUGGGAACCUCCUCAGAUAUUGACGGAUCACUUGCCUCACGGGCUCUGCGGUUUCGACAAGGAAGGAGCUCCCGUUGCAGUGGUGCCAUUCGCUGGCCUCGAUCUUUACGGCAUUCUUCACGUUGCUCCGCGAAAUGACAUGAUAAGAAUAACGAUAAAGCAUCUCGAGCGAUACAUGAAAGUUUGCGAGGAACAAGCCAAGAAGCACGGCCCAGCGGCUGGUCAAGUCGUCGUUAUAUUCGACAUGGAGGACUUCAAUCUUCGCCAGUACAUGUGGAGGCCUGCUGGAGAAGUCAUAAUCGCACUUAUACAAAUGUACGAAGCGAAUUAUCCUGAAAUAUUGAAAACUUGCUUCAUUAUAAAUGCUCCGAAAGUCUUCGCCCUCGCAUUUUCGAUCGCCAAAAAAUUCAUGAACGAAUACACGCUCUCAAAGAUUCAAAUACACAAGGCUGAUCCGGAGCGGUGGAAAUCUGAGAUUCUUAAAAUGGUUUCGAAGGAUCAACUGCCUGAACAUUUCGGUGGUAUACUCAGAGAUCCUGAUGGAAAUCCUCGUCUGGCGACGAAAAUUUGUCAAGGUGGCAAAAUACCGAAGGAAAAAUAUACGAAAAACAUUGAAAAGGAAAAAGAUAUCGAAGAUUUUGAGACCGUUACCGUGAAGAAAGGCGACAAAUUUAAAAUCGAUUUUACUCCUGAGAAAAUCGGCUCCAUACUCAGCUGGGAAUUCCGAUCCGAAGGUCAUGACAUCAAAUUUGGCAUCGUCAGGAAAAAUGAGGAUGGUGGACACGAAGAAAUCGUCCCGAUCCAUCGAGUGGCUGCUCAUCAACUUGACGAAGUCGGAGUACUCACUUGUGAUUUGCCCACGACCUAUUCCGUGGUGUUUGACAAUACGUACAGUAUGCUCAGAAACAAGAAGGUUCAUUAUUCUGUGCGAGUCACCGCACCCACUGAGGAUCUAACUAAACUAGCGCUAUCAGAAGCAUGAUGAAGGAAUUCUUCCCCACAAGCUGGUUGAAAGCUGUGCGACAGCCACAAAUUGUGUUGAAAAAAUUUUGUUUUUUUGUUCUAAAGAGUAUUGUAUAUUUUCUAACUGGUGUUGUUUGUAUUUCUAGGUUCAUUGUUGUAAAUAUAUGUAUUUUUGUGAUGGGGAGAAAUUCGA